UGGCUCUCGCAACACCCGCAUUCGAGACAGCGUGAAGUACGAACACCAAACGAAUUAUUUACGCCGUUGCAAUCUGGACAUCAAUUGGACCGACAAAACUCGGUUCAAGACAUGCUUGGUGUUUUACCGAUCGAGCAAUCAGAGUAUGUCCAAUCACAGGCCUAUCCACCAACGGGUAUUACAAAUAUCUCUCAGUUGCAAGCAAACAUUCAGCAAGCAUCUCUACAACAAGGUAACUUUGAUCGAUCAGGAAACGGGUUUCCAGAUAAAUCUUCUCGGAUGGAAACCGACGUGCAAUCUUCGCAAUCUCAA